AUGUCAAGCUUCCUCCAUAUUGGGGACGUGUGCUCCCUGUAUGCAGAAGGCUCCACCGCUGGAUUUAUCAGCACUUUAGGACUUGUGGAUGACCGCUGUGUGGUCCAACCCGACACUGGUGACCUUAAUAACCCUCCCAAAAAAUUCAGAGAUUGCCUUUUCAAGCUGUGUCCCAUGAACAGAUACUCUGCACAGAAACAGUUCUGGAAAGCUGCUAAACCUGGAGGCAACAGCACAACAGACACGGUCCUCCUCAACAAACUCCAUCAUGCUGCAGACCUGGAAAAGAAACAGAAUGAGUCUGAGAAUCGAAAGCUGCUGGGAACAGUCAUCCAGUAUGGAAAUGUCAUUCAGUUAUUACAUUUGAAAAGCAAUAAAUACCUGACAGUGAACAAACGGCUGCCUGCACUUUUGGAGAAGAACGCCAUGAGGGUUACUCUAGACUCUGCAGGAAACGAGGGCUCCUGGUUCUAUAUCCAGCCCUUCUACAAGCUGCGCUCUCUGGGAGACAGCGUGGUGAUCGGGGAUAAAGUAGUCCUAAAUCCUGUCAAUGCGGGACAGCCUCUUCAUGCCAGCAGCCAUCAGCUUGUGGAUAACCCUGGAUGUAAUGAGGUUAACUCUGUAAAUUGUAAUACGAGUUGGAAAGUUGUUCUCUUCAUGAAGUGGAGCGACAACAAGGAAACGAUCCUAAAAGGGGGGGAUGUUGUCCGGUUGUUUCACGCAGAACAGGAGAAGUUUCUGACCUGUGACGACUACAAGAAAAGUCAACAUGUAUUUCUGAGGACAACUGGGCGUCAGUCUGCGACAUCUGCCACUAGCAGCAAAGCACUCUGGGAAAUAGAGGUGGUCCACCAUGAUCCCUGCAGAGGAGGAGCAGGUUAUUGGAACAGUCUGUUUAGGUUUAAGCACUUGGCCACAGGGUGCUACUUGGCUGCAGAAGUUGGUGAGGUUAAUCAGGACUUUGAGGAGGAGAAUGUGGAGCAGCGCUCUGCUGUGGCAGACUUUACACCUUUUAACUUUCAGUUGGAUGCAGAUAAUGAAGCCCUGAGAGCACGUCUUCGAGCUCCACAAGAAAAGAUCAUGUACACACUCAUCCCGGUUCCAGAUGGGAUGGAUAUUGCAUCCAUCUUUGAGCUCGACCCCACGACACUGAGAGGAGGCGACUCGAUGGUACCAAGGAGUUCCUACGUGAGGCUAAGACACCUCUGCACAAACACAUGGGUUCACAGUACAAACAAUCCCAUUGAUAAAGAGGAAGAGAAACCUGUUAUGUUACGGAUAGGAACAUCUGGAGUCAAAGAAGAUAAAGAAGCUUUUGCCAUUGUGCCAGUGCCCCCAGCAGAAGUACGAGAUUUAGAUUUUGCCAACGAUGCGAGUAAAGUUCUUGGAUCUAUUGCUGGAAAACUUGAAAAGGGGACAAUUACACAAAAUGAAAGAAGAUUUGUUACAAAACUGUUGGAAGAUUUAGUUUUUUUCGUGGUGGACAUUCCUAAUAGUGGGCAGGAUGUUUUGGAGAUUAUGGUUAACAAACCAAACAGGGAACGGCAAAAACUGAUGCGAGAGCAAAAUAUUCUAAAGCAGAUUUUCAAACUUCUGCAAGCGCCUUUCACAGACAGCGGCGAUGGACCAAUGCUACGGCUGGAGGAGCUGGGAGAUCAGCGCCAUGCUCCCUUCAGGCAUAUUUGCAGACUGUGCUAUAGAGUCUUACGACAUUCCCAACAGGAUUAUAGAAAAAAUCAGGAGUAUAUUGCUAAACAAUUCCGCUUCAUGCAAAAACAAAUUGGAUAUGAUGUGCUUGCAGAAGACACAAUAACUGCUUUAUUGCAUAACAACCGAAAACUACUUGAGAAACACAUCACUGCAGCUGAGAUUGACACAUUUGUGACACUUGUUAGAAAGAACCAAGAACCAAGGUUUCUGGACUACCUGUCCGAUCUGUGUGUGUCAAUGAACAAAUCCAUCCCUGUAACACAAGAGCUCAUCUGCAACGCCGUGCUGGACCAAAGCAACGCUGACAUCCUCAUUGAAACUAAACUGGUGCUGUCGAGGUUUGAGAUUGAGAUCUCACCAAAUGGAGAGACUCCAAUGGAGGCCGAGGAUGAGGAAGAAGUGUGGCUCUUCUGGAAGGACAACUGUAAAGAGAUCAGGAGUAAGAGCGUCCGUGAGCUGGCUCAGGAUGCAAAGGAGGGCCAGAAAGAGGACCAGGAGGUGGUCAGCUACUAUAGGUGCCAACUGAAUUUGUUUGCCAGAAUGUGUUUGGAUCGCCAAUACCUUGCCAUCAAUAAGAUAUCCGGUCAGCUGGAUGUGGACUUGAUUCUUCGCUCCAUGUCUGACGAGGACUUACCGUUCGACCUGCGCGCCUCUUUCUGCCGCCUGAUGCUGCACAUGCACGUGGACAGAGACCCACAGGAACAAGUCACCCCUGUUAAAUAUGCUCGACUCUGGUCUGAGAUUCCCUCUGAGAUUGCCAUUAAUGAUUAUGACAAUGAUGGGACCUCGAGAGAUGAGAUCAAGGAACGAUUCUCCCUCACAAUGGAUUUUGUGGAGAAUUACCUCCGAGAGGUGGUGUCACAAAACCUCCCCUUCUCUGACAAGGAAAAAAACAAGCUUACCUUUGAGGUAGUAAACCUUGCGAGAAACCUAAUCUACUUUGGUUUUUACAACUUCAAUGACUUGCUUCGAUUGACCAAAAUAUUGCUGAAUAUUUUAGACUGUGUGCAUGUCAACACGAUAUAUCCCAUCAACAAGAUAGAAAAGGGUGAAGAGAACAAAGGUAGCAAUGUGAUGAAAUCCAUUCAUGGAGUGGGAGAGCUGAUGACACAAGUGGUGCUGCGUGGAGGCGGUUUACUGCCCACUUCACCGACACAUCAACCUGACGGAGACGUGCCCAAAAAACAGCACGAGCCGGAGAGAGAGGAUAUCAUGGUCAUGGACACAAAGCUUAAGGUUAUCGAAAUCCUACAGUUCAUUCUCAACGUGCGGCUGGACUACCGUAUUUCCUGCUUGCUUUGCAUCUUCAAGAGGGAGUUUGACGAGAAUAACAAACAAGAUGAAAACACAGUCAGUCAAAAUGGUGGUAAUAACAUCCCACCACAAAUUCCUGGAAAUUUUGACUUUGAAAAUAUUGAAGAGCAAGCUGAAGGAAUCUUUGGUGGAAGUGAAGAAAAUACCCUCCUGGACCUUGAUGACCACGGAGGGCGUACUUUCCUCAGAGUCUUGCUCCAUCUGACCAUGCACGACUACCCUCCACUUGUGUCUGGAGCGCUUCAUCUGCUCUUUAGACAUUUUAGUCAGAGACAAGAAGUCCUCAUGGCCUUUAAACAGGUGCAGCUUCUUGUGACCAGUCAAGAUGUAGACAACUAUAAGCAGAUCAAAUCAGAUCUUGAUCAGCUUCGAUCUAUUGUUGAGAAAUCUGAAUUAUGGGUUUACAAAAGGCAAGGAGAGGAUGGAAUGGAUGGAGAUGGCCCUGAAUCUGAUGGAAAAAAGAAGGGGGAUUCAAGUUCAGAUGGAAAGAAUUCUGAAAGUACCAGCAAUUAUAACUACAGAGUUGUGAAAGAGAUCCUGUUGAGACUCAGUAAGCUGUGCAUUCAAGAGGGAAGCUCUGGAAAGAAGAGCCGGAAACAGCAGCAAAGACUGCUCCGGAACAUGGGAGCUCACAGUGUGGUGCUGGAGCUGCUGCAGAUCCCCUACGAGAAGGGUGAGGACGUCAGAAUGCAAGACAUUAUGAAAGUGGCUCAUGAGUUCCUUCAAAACUUCUGCUCAGGGAACCAACAAAACCAGACUCUUCUCCACAAACACAUCAAUCUAUUUUUUAACCCAGGGAUUCUAGAGGCCAUAACCAUGCAGCACAUCUUCAUGAAUCAUUACCAGUUGUGCAGUGAAAUCAAUGAGCGUGUUGUUCAACAUUUUGUCCACUGCAUCGAGUCUCACGGUCGACACGUUCAGUACCUCAAGUUCCUACAAACAAUUGUAAAGGCUGAAAACAAGUUCAUCAAGAAAUGUCAAGACAUUGUUAUGGCUGAGCUUGUAAACUCUGGUGAAGAUGUUCUGGUGUUCUACAAUGACCGGGCGUCGUUCCAGACUCUCGUACAAAUGAUGCGAUCAGAGCGAGACCGUCUGGAUCAAAACAGUCAGCUCAUUUACCACAUUCACCUGGUGGAGCUGCUGGCUGUCUGCACCGAAGGAAAAAACGUUUACACUGAGAUCAAAUGCAACUCUCUGCUGCCUCUCGAUGAUAUCGUCCGAGUUGUUACACACGAAGACUGCAUUCCUGAGGUGAAGAUUGCAUAUAUUAACUUCCUGAACCACUGUUAUGUGGAUACAGAAGUUGAAAUGAAGGAGAUCUAUACAUCCAACCAUAUGUGGAAGCUGUUCGAGAGCUUUCUGGUGGACAUUUGUCGGGUGUGCAACAACACCAGCGACAGGAAACACGCGGACACCAUGCUGGAGCGUUAUGUAACUGAAACGGUCAUGAGCAUCGUCACAUGUUUCUUCAGCUCUCCUUUCUCUGACCAAAGCACCAGUCUUCAGUUGGGGUACUAUAUGUAUACGGCCUUUCUGGGAAAAAUAUCAGAGACACGGCAGCCAGUGUUUGUUCAACUUCUUCAGGGAGUUUUCAGGGUUUAUCACUGUAACUGGUUAAAUCCUCUUCAAAAGGCCUCAGUUGAAGCCUGCAUUAAAGUUCUCUCAGAUGUGGCUAAGAGUAGAGCCAUUGCCAUCCCCGUGGACCUGGACAGUCAGGUCAAUAAUCUUUUUGUCAAGUCCAAUAAUGUGGUGCAGAAGAGCAUUCUCAACUGGAGGCUGUCAGCGAAAAGCACUUCUCGGCGAGACUCUGGCCUGACCACCUCCAAGGAUUAUAGAAAUAUAAUUGAAAGGCUGCAGGAUAUUGUGUCGGCAUUAGAAGACCGUCUGAGACCACUGGUUCAAGCAGAACUCUCUGUACUGGUCGAUGUCUUGCAUCGUCCAGAGUUGCUCUUCCCUGAAAACACAGACGCCCGUAGAAAAUGUGAAAGUGGAGGCUUUAUAUCAAAACUUAUCAAACACACCAAGCAACUUUUGGAGGAGAAUGAAGAGCGGCUGUGUAUUAAAGUCUUACAGACGUUGAGAGAAAUGAUGUCCAAAGACCGCGGCUACGGAGUGAAGGGGGAGGCUCUGCGGCAAAUCCUUGUCAAUCGUUACUACGGCAACGUCAAACCUGGACAGCGGCGAGAGAGCGUCACUUUCAAUAAUACCCCUGUGACUUCUCCUCCCAGAAAGACCCCAGCAGUGGUUUGUUCUGGAGUCGGUGGUCGAGGAGAGCUGAGUUUGGCUGAGGUUCAGUGUCACCUGGACCGAGAGGGGGCCUCAGAUCUAGUCAUCGACCUCAUCAUGAAUGCCACAAGUGACCGGAUCUUCCAGGAGAGUAUCCUGCUGGCCAUCGCCCUGCUGGAGGGCGGCAAUACAGUCAUUCAGAGGUCCUUCUAUCAUCGUCUGACUGGGGACAAUAAGUCUGAGAAGUUCUUCAAAGUCUUCUAUGAGCGCAUGAAACUCGCUCAACAAGAGAUAAAAGCCACUGUGACAGUCAACACCAGCGACCUCGGCAGCAAGAAAAAGGAGGAAGAACCACCCGACAAAGACACGCCAGCCCGGAAAAAAGUGAAAGAUGUGCCUGUGGUGGCUGUAGUGACUGAGGAGAUGAAGGAGCAGCUUGUGGAGGCUUCAAUCGUCACCAAAAAGGCCAUGAAUACUUACCGCCGUGACGUGGAGGCUGAGGAGCAUCAGGCCGGAGCAGAAGGCGGCACUCUGGCCACAGCCGACAAGAACCAGGACGAGAAUGAGAUGAGCGUCAUCAUCACCAUCAUGCAGCCCAUCUUACGGCUCAUGCAGCUGCUCUGUGAGAACCACAACAGAGACCUGCAGAAUUUUUUGCGCAACCAGAACAACAAAAACAACUACAACUUGGUGUGUGAGACGCUCCAGUUUCUGGACUGUAUUUGUGGCAGCACCACAGGAGGUCUGGGACUUCUCGGUCUCUACAUCAAUGAGAAGAACGUAGGACUCAUCAACCAGACUGUGGAGAGCCUCACUGAGUACUGUCAGGGCCCCUGCCACGAAAACCAGAACUGUAUUGCUACACAUGAGUGCAAUGGCAUUGACAUCAUCAUUGCACUGAUUCUCAAUGAUAUUAAUCCUCUUGGUAAGAAGAGAAUAGACCUGGUGCUUGAAUUAAAAAACAAUGCCUCCAAGCUUCUUCUUGCGAUAAUGGAAAGUCGCCAUGACAGUGAAAAUGCUGAAAGAAUACUAUACAACAUGAGACCAAAAGAGCUGGUGGAGGUGAUAAAGAAGGCGUACAUGCAGGGUGAGAUUGAGGUGGAGGAGCCUCCUGAAGGAGAAGAUGCUGAAGAGGAGCACUCUGCAUCACCUCGCAAUGUUGGCCACAACAUUUACAUAUUGGCACAUCAAUUGGCACGUCACAACAAAGAGCUUCAGGCAAUGUUGAAGACGGGAGGGACAUAUGGAGAGGGUGACGAGGCUCUGGAGUUUUACGCCAAACACACUGCUCAAAUUGAGAUCGUCCGUCUUGAUCGCACCAUGGAGCAGAUAGUCUUCCCUGUGCCCAACAUCUGCGAGUUUCUCACGCAGGAGUCCAAGCUUCGCAUUUACUACACCACUGAGCGCGACGAGCAGGGCAGUAAGAUCAAUGAUUUCUUCCUCCGUUCUGAGGACCUCUUCAAUGAAAUGAUCUGGCAGAAGAAGCUGCGAGGUACUCAAGAGGCCACUGGAAACGCAAACAACGUUCCUUCUCAGCCCAUCUUGUACUGGUGCUCCAGGAACAUGUCCUUCUGGAGCAGCAUCUCCUUCAACCUUGCGGUGCUCAUGAACCUGCUAGUGGCUUUCUUCUAUCCUCUGGAGGGAUUCCGCGAAGGCACCCUGGAGCCCCAUCUCUCUGCGCUGUUGUGGGUGGCCAUGUUGGUCUCGUUAGCGAUUGUCGUUGUCCUGCCUCAGCCUCAUGGUAUCCGGGCGUUAAUAGCCUCCACCAUCCUCCGCCUUAUUUUCUCUGUGGGUUUGGAGCCAACGCUGCUUCUGCUGGGGGGUUUUAAUUUAUUGAAUAAAGUGAUUUUCCUGAUGAGCUUCGUGGGCAAUCGUGGAACGUUCACCAGAGGCUACAGGGCCAUGAUCCUGGACGUGGAGUUCCUUUACCACCUGCUUUACCUGAUCAUCUGCACUUUAGGGGUCUUUGUCCACGUCUUCUUCUACAGCCUGCUGCUCUUUGACUUAAUUUAUCGAGAGGAGACCUUGCUGAAUGUGAUAAAGAGUGUGACACGCAACGGCCGCUCCAUCGUCCUGACCGCGGUGCUGGCCCUCAUCCUUGUGUAUCUCUUCUCCAUUGUGGGAUACAUAUUCUUCAAAGAUGAUUUUCUUCUGGCUGUGGAUAGGAUACCCAACAAAACACUUGAGCAUGGGGCAAGUAUGGUUGGAGAGUUCUUCACAGGACGUGCGUGUCGGAAAGAAAAUGGUGAAAACUGCUCGUCUGAGGGUGUAGCUGAUGGCGUUGUGGCGGUCCAGCCCUCAGCAGUGGUCAUAGAAGACAAGGAGAGGUCUUGUGACUCUCUUCUCAUGUGCAUUGUCACGGUCCUGAGCCAUGGCCUGAGGAGCGGAGGGGGUGUGGGAGAUGUGCUCCGCAAGGCCUCAAAAGAGGAGCCGUUGUUUGCCGCCAGAGUCAUCUAUGAUCUGCUCUUCUUCUUUAUGGUCAUCAUCAUUGUCCUCAACCUCAUCUUUGGGGUCAUAAUUGAUACAUUUGCUGACUUAAGAAGUGAGAAACAAAAAAAAGAGGAAAUCCUAAAAACCACUUGCUUUAUUUGUGGUUUGGAAAGGGACAAGUUUGACAAUAAGACCGUGACGUUUGAGGAACACAUCAAAGUGGAGCACAACAUGUGGCACUACCUGUUCUUCAUCGUGUUGGUGAAAGUGAAGGACUCCACAGAAUACACAGGACCUGAGAGCUACGUGGCAGAAAUGAUCCGGGAUCACAACCUGGACUGGUUUCCCCGGAUGCGGGCCAUGUCGCUGGUGAGCAGUGAUGCAGACGGAGAGCAGAACGAGAUCCGGAGCUUGCAGGAGAAGCUGGAGUCGACCAUGAAGCUGGUGUGCAACCUGUCGGGUCAGCUGACCGAGCUCAAAGAGCAGAUGACGGAGCAGAGGAAGCAGAAGCAGCGCAUCGGCCUCCUCGGACACCCUCCGCACCUGAACGCCAACCCGCAGCAGCCGGCUUAG